UUUGAGGGUCGGAUCUGGAUCUGGAUCCAAUUUUUGAGAACCGGAUCCGGUCCAGAUCCGACCCGCGGACCCGGGCUUAAUUAUUUUUUUAAAAAUAUCAAUUUUUUUUAGAAAAUAGCGAAACUGCGCAGCUUCAGUAAGGAAAGAAAAAGAGGGAAAAAAACCCUAAUUCACUUCAUAACUCUACAGAAACGCCGCUUCAUAUCUCCCUUCUCAAGAGCUCUCAUCUCUCCUCAAAUCUCCAUUAAUUUUUCUAUCUAAUAACCAGACGACUUCGGCCUCCGGUGAAGACGACGCUGCUAAUGUUCAAUUUUUCACAUUAUUGAAGCUUAAUUCAAGAAAAUGAACGGUGAUGUUGAACAAUCUAACAAUCAAAGUCAUGCCGCUUCUUCUCGCCAGCCUUCAAUACCUCCUCCAAUACCUCCGGUGCCUCUAUUUUUUGAAGUGAAUGAUUUUGAAGGGGAUUCAGAAGGGUUUAUUGAUCUUGGAGAUGAUCAGAACACUCAUACUUUAGAUGGAGAAACUGGAAAAAAUCAAUCAAGUAAACUUACAAGCAAGAAACUCACUUCAGAGGCAUGGGAAUUUUUUGAUAAGGUUACAAUGAAUGGUGUUACAAGGGCUAAGUGUAAAUAUUGUCCAUCUUUACUCUCUUGUAAUGGUGGUAAUGGAACCUCACACCUUCUUAAACAUUCUAAGAAGACGUGUCCAGGAAAGCAUUUGCGGGUUGGAGUUAGUGGUCAAACACAGUUGAGGGUUAAAACAGAAGCCGAUGGGUCUACUACUUUAGAACUAAAAGAAAAGGGAAAGGAAAAGGAGUUUGAUCAAGACUUUUCAAGAAGAGAGUUGGUUAAAAUGGUAGUGAUUCAUGAGUAUCCUUUAUCCAUUGUAAACCAUAUAGGUUUUAGAAGUUACUCGAGGAGUCUUAAUUCUUCUUUCAAGAUGAUUUCGAGAAACACUUUGAAGAGUGACAUUUUGAAAAAGUUCAAUGAAGAUAAAAGUUCUCUUAAGGCUAUGUUGGAGCAUAAUGAUGGUAAAAUUGCAAUAACUACCGACAUGUGGACAGCUUCCAACCAAAAAAGGGGCUACAUGGCUGUGACAUCUCACUUCAUUGAUCAACAAUGGGUUUUACGCAAUCGAACCUUGAGGUGGAAUUCUACUUAUUUGAUGCUUAAUUCUGCUAUGCCCUUUCAAGAUGUAUUUGCCAAGUUAAAACGUAUGAAUAAGAAGCUCAAGUUAGCUAUUCCUACUGAGAAUGAUUGGAUGAUGGCAAAAGUUGUUUGUGAGAAGUUGGAGAUUUUUUACAAGGCCACUAAAGUAUUUUCCGGAAGAAACUAUCCUACUUCUAAUUUAUUUUUUUCGAAAAGUGUGUCAGAUAAGACUUGCUUUGAGGCGUUGGUUGGAAAGUGAUGUUGAGAUCAUUAGAGCAAUGGCUAAGAAUAUGAUUGAGAAGUUUGAUAAAUAUUGGCAUAAUAUGAAUGAUAUUUUGGCGGUUGCAUCAAUUUUAGAUCCAAGAAAUAAAAUGGAUUGUGUUGAGUACUAUUUUGACAAGUUGUAUAAAGAUGGGGCUGAUGUUGAAGUGGCAAAAGUUAGGAAAAAUUUGGAUAGACUUGUUGCUGAAUAUCAAAUGAGAAGUGAGGGAAAUAAGAGCAAAGAAUAUUUUUCAAGAAAUGUUGGGAAACGGGGGAUUUCAGAGUCUUGUGAUAAUGAUGAGGAUGACGAUGAUUAUGCUCAAUCUAAAAAAACAAAGAAAAGAAAGGUGAAUGUGAGAGGAGAGGUGGAGCAUUACUUGGAGGAUGAUCCUAUACCGGAGAAAGAAGAUUUUGAUGUUCUUAAUUGGUGGAAAAGGGAUCAAAUGUACCCUACUUUACAGAAAAUUGCCAAGGACAUCCUUGCAAUUCCCGUCUCUUCCGUGGCUUCGGAAAGUGCAUUUAGCAUGAGUGGAAGGGUGAUUAGCAAUCAUCGUUCUAGGCUUCACUCUAAAACAGUUGAGGCAUUAAUGUGCUUGCAAAAUUGGAUGAUUGAAGAUAUUAAAGGUACUUUGGAGGGCACACAUGCUUGUUCAACCGUUACGGAAGAUUCUGAAGAAGAAGGGGAAGUGGUUGAUUACCUUGACAUGGAUGUUGACGACGUUGAAACUAGUGACUUCGAAGAUUAGUUAUCAAGAAUGGAGCAAGGAUAACGAUGUCGCACUGCUGAAAUUUUAAUGUUGUUGUUUGUUUAGAAACUAAUUUCUGGUCUGUUGGAUUUUUUUACUAAACUUUGUUGAGCUGGUUAAUUAAUAUGAACAUGGAAUAGCAGUAGUUUGCUUCUCUUUUAUGUGUGA